AUGGACAGCAACAAAGAUACAAAAUGGUCCAAGCUGAGGGCUCGCCUGCACAUGCUGGGGUACAACGACAACCUUGGAGAAGAGUCCGUGCAACUUGUUGAGCAACUUUUCAGUGAUUUGGUCCACACCACGGAAAGCCUGCGCGAAUCUCAACGAUCAACAGCCAAGUCGGAAAAAGAAAGCCAAAACAGUGAUGUCCGCCUGACACGGGAGCACCAAGAGCUUCACUUUGAGCUCAUGAUGGUGAGGGGUGAAAGAGCCCAGGUGACCAGAGAGUUGAAGGUCUACAUCACGAAGCUGGAAAAUGACGUCACUUUGCUCAAGUCUUUGAACGAGCAGUAUUUGCACGAGUUGCACAGCCUUGAGAAGGACUGCAAAGAAAAGGCCAAGCUCGUCUGUAAACUACGUCGGAAAAAUUUCAGCAAUUGGGUGCAGGCAGUCGGUAAAGUCGCAGGGCUUUGGGUUGGAGUAAACAAUCUGAUAUGUGCAUCGCCGAAUGCUGAUGAUCUGCUGCAGGGGGAACUCACAAACUUAAAAGCAGAGCUGGAAAAUUCUCAAGAGAGCAUACGACACUCAAAUAACCAAAUGGAUGAACUCCAAGAGACCAACAUGGCCCUGGAGCAGAAGCUCAAAUCAGCGCAGCACAAGUCCUCGAGCAAAGUGAUCGAGCUCACCUCGAAGAACCACGAACUGUGUCAAGAGAUCAUGGACAUUCGCAACCUCGCCAAGAUGAUGGAGAUGGAAAAGAAGCAAAAGUUGGAAAAGGCUGAAUUGAAGUUGCAAGAUCUGAAAGAAGCUUAUAACCUAAGGGAGCAGAAUGAAAAAUUUGAGGCAAUGUUGGAGUUUCUGGAGGAAGAGAAUAGCAGGCUGCAGGCCAAAGUGGAGAAGAUGAUGUCUGUUGAGAAAGUCUUGGUUCUGGAGUUGGAGGGUUGGCGGACUAAAUACGGCAUUUGUGGACUGGAAUGGUCGCCAUCGCGUCUGGAUGCCUUUGUCCAGAGUUUGGAAGAAGAAAGGGAUCACUAUCGUCAGGAGGUUGAACACUAUAAGAACAUUCGAGGGAGGAGUCCCGUAAUUGAGCAAAUUCAGCUGAAGCAUGACGACCAGCAACCAGAAACCUCUGCACAAAUCGUCACACUGGAAGGGAAGCUCAGACUGGCAGAAGAAAAAAUUCUGCAUUCAACGACUGAAAAAGACUCACUGAAGGAGGAACUGAAGAUACUUCAGCUGAACCAAGAUGAGCAGCACGCAAACAUCUUUGCGGAAAUUGUAAAACUGGAGGAGAAGCUCAGACUGGCAGAAGAAAAAAUCCACCAGUUGACUGCUGUAAAAGAUUCACUGAAGAAGGAACUUGAGAAUCAACAGCUGAAGCACGAUGAGAAGCACCAAGAAACCUCUGCAGAAACCAUCAAACUGGAACAGAAGCUCAGACUGGCAGAGGAAAAAAUCCAGCAGUUGAUCACUGAAAAAGACUCACUGAAGAAGCUGGAGAACCCGGAGCUGCCGUCACAGGUUCUCGGGCUACGGGAUCGCGACCGGAAUAUGGAACGGCAGAUGGAUGCUCGUCAUGCCGGGCUUCAGGAGACGGCAAGAGAGAGAAUAGCAGUCUCCGGUCUUAGGCAGCAACAAGAGCAGAUUCAAUAUGCGCUUUUGGACCUCCAACAAAUGCUGUCUGUGAAGAACAACGAGUUACUCGCCACUCAUACACAAGUUUCAUUUUUUGCAAAUAUUUUGCUAGAGUCGCUGAGUCAGCAAGUUUACCAGCACAAGCAGGAAGCCGAGAUCCUCCGCAUUUCUUUCUCAGCGUUGAAAAUAAGAAAGGACGUCCUGGAGGAGGAGGUGGUGGCCAAGACCAAGAGACUGGCGGUUCUCCAGGAGCAGCUUGGCAAGAAGGUUGCUUCUGUUAUUUUCACGCCAUCCAUACACAAAGAUGUCACACACAUGGACGUGGAACUGAAAAGCCAGGAGAGGCAGCAGGCCACUCAGAGGUUGCUGGAGACCCAUCAGGAGGCGCUGUUGCAAAUCAGAAGAGACAACGAAUUGAUCAUCGGUGAAUACAGGAGGCUGCAGGACGACGUGGCCGCCAUGACGCAGGAGAAGCAAGUUGCACAUGAAAGGAUGGAGGAGGCUUUGCGUGAGCGGGAGGAGCUCAAACUGAGAGUCCAUUCUUAUGUCAAUAUGGUGUCCAGGAUUGAGAACAUCUUGAAGACAAAGGAUCAGGAGAACCAGGACCUGGCGGAGCGCUUCCGCUCGGACGUGCAGGAGCGGGAGCAGCGGCUGCAGCAGGUGGAGGGAUUUAUCGGUACCGUCCGUAUGGAGCUCCUCUCGUCCGAGACGGAACGGCAACAUCUGCACGAAGUCCUCGGGAAGAACGUGCGGGAGAUUCAGCAGCACAUGCAUGACUUGCAGACGUACAAGGCGCAAGUGGCGACGUUGGCCCAGGAGACGUCUCAACUCGAGGAGGAGGUCCGCGUCCAUCAGGAGGAGAAAGUGACUCUCCUGGCCGAACUGGUGUCAGUCAGAGAGCUCUGCGUCAAAAUGGACGCGGAGAAGGAAAUCGCCGCCCGGCAACUUUUACUCAAGAGCAUGGAACUUGAGAGGGCGAUGACAAGAGAGGAGGACGCUCUGACAGAGGCGGUUCUCAUCAAAGAGCACCUGGCCAGCGAGAAGCUGGUGGUGCGCAACAUGGAGGCCAUGCUGUCCACCAGUCGACAGGAGAUGUUCCAAGCCCACCAGGAGGUCAGCGAGAAAGAGGCGGAGCUUAAGGCCCUUCGCCAGAAGCUCGCCCUGGCCGACGAUAAGAUUGCGGCGCACGCCAGGGAGGUGACCAAUCUCCGGAGGAAAAUCGAUCAUCUCCAGACCGUGAUGGAAGUUUUGAGUCGCAAAGGCCAUGAGCGCAAUGCCCUCGAGGACACGCCCUCGCAAGAUGUUUCCUUCAGACCCCUGAGGGCCUCCUCGCCCUUAGACCACCAGCCCGCUUCUCAUCAGCCAGCCCCCGACACCUCAAUCCAAGAAGAAGAGGUCAGAUUUGGGCUUACCUGA